UCGUCUGAGUAGGUCGAGAGUUGACCGCCUAAAGAAGAGAAUCCUCAUGGCCGAGAUUGGAGAGAUAUAAGUAAUGAGCCGUUUCGCGCGCAACGAGCAAUCACAUCCAUCCGCUACAUAUCACCCAGUUCCAAGCACAACCUUUCACCCUCCCCCAAACACGCUACUAUCAUGGAAUCCCUAUAUACGAUAUUAAGCUGCCUUUGUGGUUCAUUUGAGUCCGCAUCUGCUUUCUAUCCUGAUGAGAAACAUUCUACCUCUGCGCUUUUAUCCCCCGAAUACGAUCCGUCCCUAUGCACUCAUGACAAGGUUGCGAUUGACGUCGUCUCUGUCCUGCUCUGUUCAGAGAAGCAUGGUACAGGCCUCAAGAAGCAGCUUGAUGAGACGGUUGGGACGCUUGGUUGGUCUGAGAUGCUGGCAAAACGCAUCUUGAAUGUUUUGGUGGGAGCGAUUCGAGAGGGCCGUGACAAGAUGGGCCCAGCCUUCGCCAAGGCGUAUGAUGAUGCCGUCAAAGAGGCCAAUUCUGUGUUCCAACAACUUGUCCAGGAUGUCAGAGACCAUCCUCUUGAAUUGGGAGCCACGGUGCUUAUAACCGUCAUCGCUAUCGGCGUGCUUGUUGUGUUGGCGCCGUAUGUCUUGGAGCUCUUGGGAUUCGGUGAGCUCGGCCCGGUAGCUGGGACCUUUGCUUCCUGGUGGGAGUCGACAUAUGCGGGUUACAUCCCAGCGGGAUCAAUGUUCUCUUUUUUCCAGCGUUUGGGCAUGGUUUGGGCACGGACAUAAGGGUAGGGAGGAAGAGGUUGAUGAAAUGAUACCCUAAAAGCGCACUUGGUGUGUGAUAUUUGUGUUUCUCUUUAAUAUCCAAAGGAUCCUACGAUAGAGAAUAAAUCUUUGAGAGAUACCUAUUUAUGC